AAGUCCUGGGGGAUGACGUGGGAAUGACGUAGUAAGUAGGAGCGUAGCCGGGCAGAGCGCACUUAACGUUCACCUGCCCUCAUCAUCCAUUCGCCCGCCGAGCGUGUUGCGCGCGCGUUUCAGUUCUCGUCGCCAGUCGUGGUUUAUCGGUCAGGCCGGCCAGGUACGGGAGGAGCGGACGCGUGCCUAGUCACCUCACCACCCUGGUCGCCUUUUUGUCCUUACGGACGUCUCGUUCCUAAACGAGGACUCGAGGGAGGAAAAGCGAGAGAGAGAGAGAAAGAGAGAGAGUGCGAGAGAGGACGGCGAAAACAUGGCAGAGAAACUGUACUACCCCAAUUCGGAGCUCGCGAGGGAGGCGCACUGCGGUAGCAUGGAACAGUACAAGCGAAUGCACGAAAGAUCUAUCGAGGAGCCGGCGCAGUUCUGGGGUGAAAUCGCUAAAGAAUUUUACUGGGAGACGCCAGCGUUGGACGACAAGUUCUUCUCGUACAACUUCGAUCUGAGCAAAGGUGACAUUUUCAUAAGGUGGAUGGAGGGAGCGUCGACAAAUAUAAGCUUCAAUCUGCUCGACAAGAACGUGAAGAGCGGAAACGGCGACAAAAUUGCGUUUUACUGGGAGGGAAACGAUCCGGAGGAUUAUUCGCGACUGACGUACAGAAAGCUGCUCGAGGAGACGUGCAGGUUCGCCAAUGUUCUCAAGUCGAAGGGCGUCACCGUCGGGGACAGAGUAGUGAUUUACAUGCCGAUGAUCCUGGAACUGCCGAUCGCCAUGCUGGCUUGCACGAGGAUAGGGGCGAUUCACAGCGUGGUGUUUGCAGGAUAUUCGUCGGACUCGUUGGCGGAGCGUAUCCUCGAUUCCAAGGCCAAAGUUCUCGUCACUACGGACGGCGUGUGGAGAGGCGAGAAGCUGCUCUUGCUGAAAAAUAUCUGCGACGAAGCUAUGGAUAAGGUCAACAAGCACGAGCAUCGCCUCGAAAGCUGCAUCGUCGUCGCGCAUCUGAGAAGACUCAACAAUCCCCAGGGUAAGACCAAGGGGGUGAACGGCACUAGCAACGGCACGGCCGAGAUGGCCGAUGUCUCUUGGGACGACGAUCGAGACGUUUGGUGGCACGACGAGAUGGAGGACGCGGAAGCGAGCUGCUAUCCAGUUUGGAUGGCCGCCGAGGAUCCACUUUUCAUCCUUUACACGAGCGGCUCCACCGGCAAGCCAAAGGGCGUUCUCCAUACCACUGCGGGAUAUCUCAUCUAUGCGGCAACGACUUUCAAAUACGUUUUCGACUAUCAUCCAAACGACGUUUACUGGUGCACCGCCGAUUGCGGCUGGAUCACAGGACACACUUAUGUAGUUUACGGCCCGUUGGCGAAUGGCGCAACAUCCGUCAUUUUCGAGGGUACACCCUUCUACCCGGAAAACGAUCGAUACUGGUCCAUCGUCGACAAGUACAAGGUGACGCAAUUCUAUACGGCGCCGACGGCUAUCAGGUCGCUAAUGAAAUUUGGCGAUCAUCUUGUCAAGAAGCACAACUUGUCCACGCUCAAGGUCCUCGGUUCUGUCGGCGAACCGAUCAAUACCGAAGCUUGGCUCUGGUUUUAUAAUCUCGUGGGUCACGGCAAGUGUAGCAUAGCGGAUACUUUUUGGCAAACGGAAACCGGCGGUCACGUAAUUACACCGUUGCCCGGUGCCACACCUAUGAAGCCAGGCUCCGCGACGUUUCCUUUCUUCGGGGUUUUGCCGGAGCUUCUUGACGAGGACGGCCGCGUGAUCGAGGGCGAAGGGGAGGGAUACCUCGUCUUCCGUCGACCAUGGCCGGGUAUGAUGCGGACCCUCUAUGGAAGUCAUCAACGUUUUCAAAAUACCUACUUCGAUCGAUUCAAUGGAUUUUACUGCACGGGAGACGGAGCGAGACGCGACGCGGAUGGAUAUCUCUGGGUAACUGGCCGUAUCGACGACAUGUUGAACGUUUCCGGUCAUCUAAUGUCAACGGCUGAAGUGGAAAGUGUGUUGGCGGAACAUUCCUCGGUAGCCGAGGCUGCGGUAGUCAGCAAAUCGCAUCCUGUUAAAGGUCAAUGUCUAUACUGUUUCAUCACUCCGAACGCGGGGACGACAUUUGAUGAAAAGUUGCAAGGCGAACUUAAAAAGAAGGUACGCGAAAGGAUUGGCCCGUUUGCACAACCGGACGUCAUCCAACAUGCCCCGGCUCUACCGAAAACAAGAUCCGGCAAGAUUAUGAGACGUAUGCUGAGAAAAAUUGCGGCGGGCGACAGGAAUAUCGGAGACACGUCUACGUUGGCCGACGAAACUGUUAUUCAACUUUUAUUUGAAUUAAGGCCAUGCGUUUAAGUCAUCGCGCAAGGCCUUCAUUUUUUGCUGACGAUAAGGAAAAUGAAAGUAUCCAGAGAGAAUUUUACGAAUUUCAUCGAUCGCGUUUGGUGAUUGUCGGAAACAUAUCGCACCAUUUCCAGCUAGAGAAAAAUUUUAUAAAGAUAAAAUUAAUAGAUUGCACUUUGAAGCCAAUAUGUGUAUUCGCACAAAAUCAGAGACGUAUACUUUUUCGAAUAUCAUCGUAUAUUUAAUAUUAUAUUAUAUUAUCGGUCAGUAAUUUGACAAUUAACUGACGAACGUACAAAAUGUGUAGAAAAGGACAUUAUUCUUUCGUUGGGUUCGAAUAUCUCGUGUUGUAUACCUGAUGUUGUCAUUCAAGAUUAUAGCGAAAUGAGCCAAAAUGAAAGUUAUUCUUUGAAUACGUCUCCUUUUGAUCCCUUUCGGCACUUGCUCUCGAAUAGAUGAAAAGGAACAUAUCGAAGAAAUAGACUGUUGAUAUAAUUAAUAAAAUUAUUGGCCGCUCUCCUCAAAGAGUUGGCGCGGCUGCGAUACAUAUCUUACGGAAGCACCGCCAGUAAGUAGCCAAAGUGUCCUUUUGUUAAGUCCAAAGUUAAGUUUCAAGUUAAUGGCAAGGCAGAAAACGCUCAAUACAGGUAAAUUGUAAUAAACGGCACGAUACAGCAGAUGUAUAUGUAUAUGACGCUGUUUGCACCAACGAUUACUAUUAGUUGAAACGACGAAUGUAUUGUAGCACAUAGCUAAGCGAUACGUUAUUACCAUAGCGUGAUGCAAAGGAAUUUAUUUUGCUUUCUGCUACUUGAUGUGUACAUAUUAUACAUAUAUUAUGUAACAUGUUAAAAGCUAAAACUGCUUGUGUACGCGUAUACAGGGUGGGCUCUCUAUCACUUUUGUUCUUUGACAGAGUACGCCAGGUGGAUAUACAGAGAGAUGUAUAUGUACUUAUGAAUGAAAGUUGCCUCGUGCUCCUUCGGGAGUUACGUCACAUACAUAUCAUUCCUCGUGGAACAAAACAACUUUAGGUGUGAUAAUCAAUGUAUGUACAUGUAUUGUAUUGUAUUGUAUGUAGAUAUAUAAAACACAAGCGAUGUGAGACAGAGAGAUAUAAGGCCAUGUAACUACACCAUUUAUAUAUGUAUAUGUGUGUAUGUAUACAUGUAUACAUGACGUAUAUAUAUAUAUUAUAUGUUAAAAUUACGAUUGUUCUGUUAAACGUAGAAAA